GAUAACCUGCCCAUAUUUUUGACAUCUGUCUUAGUAUUUCACAUUACGUAAAUCAGCGAGCAAAAUUUUUAAGCAAGGAUCUAAAGAAAAUGUUGAAAGUAGCGACUACGUUAAGGCUUAUCUCAAAGCAGGGUAAUAAUCUUAGAUUGUUUGCCACAGCUGCAAAGAAAAAUGAAGCUUUAGUUAAUGUUCCACCAACAAAGCUCACAGUGCUCGACAAUGGGAUUCGUGUCGCCUCAGAAGAUUCUGGCUCGCCAACCGCAACAGUGGGGCUGUGGAUAGAUGCUGGUUCAAGGUAUGAAACCUCCAAGAAUAAUGGAGUUGCCCACUUCCUUGAACACAUGGCGUUCAAGGGAACCAGCAAGAGAUCACAAACUGAUCUCGAGUUGCUCGUAGAGAACAUGGGCGCACACUUAAACGCUUACACAUCUCGCGAGCAGACAGUAUUUUACGCUAAAUGCCUCGCAAACGAUGUCCCAGCCGCCAUUGAGAUCCUUGCUGAUAUCAUCCAGAACUCGUCGCUCGCUGAACCCGAAAUCGAACGAGAACGUGGCGUCAUUCUCCGUGAGAUGCAAGACGUUGAAAGCAACUUACAAGAGGUUGUAUUCGAUCAUUUGCACGCCACUGCGUUCCAAGGUACUCCCCUAGGUCAGACAAUUCUUGGGCCAACUAAGAACAUUAAGAAGAUCUCAAAAGCUGAUCUUCAACAGUACAUCAAGACACACUACCAACCCACAAGAAUAGUUCUCUCUGGAGCUGGAGGUGUUGACCACAACAAGCUUGUGGACCUUGCAAACAAACAUUUAGGCAGUUUGAAGAACACAGCUAUGGAUGUACCAGAAUUGACUCCCUGCAGAUACACUGGUUCAGAGAUCAGGGUGCGUGAUGACUCAAUGCCUUUGGCUCACAUUGCUGUUGCUGUGGAAGGAGCUGGGUGGACCGAUGCUGAUAACAUUCCUCUCAUGGUAGCAAACACUCUGAUUGGUGCCUGGGACCGCUCCCAAGGUGGUGGUGCUAACAAUGCCUCUGUCUUGGCCCAAGCUUCAUCCAUCGAAAACUUAUGCCACAGCUUCCAGUCAUUCAACACUUGCUACAAGGACACUGGUCUGUGGGGUAUCUACUUUGUAUCUGAGCCAAUGAAAAUUGAAGAUAUGUUAUACAACAUCCAAUCUGAAUGGAUGAAACUGUGCACAUCAGUGACAGAGGGUGAAGUUGACCGGGCAAAGAACUUAUUGAAGACCAACAUGCUUCUCCAGCUUGAUGGAACUACACCUGUUUGUGAAGACAUUGGUCGCCAGAUUCUGUGCUACAAUCGUCGUAUUCCUAUCCAUGAGCUUGAUGCCCGCAUUGAAGCAGUAACCGUAGACAAUAUCAAAGAUGUAUGCUACAAAUAUUUGUAUGACCGCUGCCCAGUUGUAGCUGCUGUAGGUCCCACUGAAGCCCUUCCCGACUACAACAGGAUCCGCUCUGGAAUGUACUGGCUCAGAGUCUAAAUGAAAUAGUAGCACACUUUAGUAUCAAUUUAAAAAUCAGUUAAGAAUACAUUAAACUUCUCGCCCAAACGUCUGUUGUUUUAUUGUAAUAAAACACAAUGUCUUUGGUGUACGUAUUUAUUGGUGAAUAAGUUAAGUAAUUGUAAAUAAAUAAAUCCA